AUGAUCUCCUUGACACGAUAGCUUCCUGACAGAAGUCUACUUCGGGCUAGCCGUAUCUGUUCCCUAAAGUCACUUUAUCAGUCACCAUGAAGCUUCUGUGGGCUUCGACCAUACUUACCUUUUUGGCGAUAUCUUCAGCCAUACCGAAAAAGGUCCUUCGCCAUCAAAGCCGCCCAGAAAAUAUGAAAGUGGAUUACUAGCCAGCAUUCUUUUAGAACUAUAUGCCACGCGACAGGAAUAACACAGAGAAGGGAAACCCGAUGGAAACGUCCGAACUGGUCUUCCAAAAUUUAGACCCGAAAGGAAAGAAAACGAUGAGAAUGUCUUAGAUAUAGCUUCCAGAGAAGCUCCUGAGGAACUGUCAAAGAAGCAAAGGCUUCGAAUGUCGGAAAAUCCACAGAAGGAUAGGCUCUCAGAUAUUGCUUCCGGAGAAGCUCCUGAGGAACUGUCAAAGAAGCACAGGCUUCGAAUGUCGGAAAAUCCACCGAAGGAUAGGCUCUCAGAUAUUGCUUCCGGAGAAGCUCCUGAGGAACUGUCAAAGAAGCACAGGCUUCGAAUGUCGGAAAAUCCACAGAAGGAUAGUCUCUCAGAUAUUGUUUCCGGAGAAGCUCCUGAGGAACUGUCAAAGAAGCACAGGCUUCGAAUGUCGGAAAAUCCACAGAAGGAUAGUCUCUCAGAUAUUGCUUCCGGAGAAGCUCCUGAGGAACUGUCAAAGAAGCACAGGCUUCGAAUGUCGGAAAAUCCACAGAAGGAUAGGCUCUCAGAUAUUGCUUCCGGAGAAGCUCCCGAGGAACUAUCAAAGAAGCACAGGCUUAGAAUGUCGGAAAAUCCACCGAAGGAUAGUCUCUCAGAUAUUGCUUCCGGAGAAGCUCCCGAGGAACUGUCAAAGAAGCACAGGCUUCGAAUGUCGGAAAAUCCACAGAAGGAUAGUCUCUCAGAUAUUGCUUCCGGAGAAGCUCCCGAGGAACUGUCAAAGAAGCACAGGCUUCGAAUGUCGGAAAAUCCACCGAAGGAUAGGCUCUCAGAUAUUGCUUCCGGAGAAGCUCCCGAGGAACUGUCAAAGAAGCACAGACUUCGAAUGUCGGAAAAUCCACCGAAGGUUAGGCUCUCAGAUAUUGCUUCCGGAGAAGCUCCCGAGGAACUGUCAAAGAAGCACAGGCUUCGAAUGUCGGAAAAUCCACCGAAGGAUAGGCUCUCAGAUAUUGCUUCCGGAGAAGCUCCCGAGGAACUGUCAAAGAAGCACAGGCUUCGAAUGUCGGAAAAUCCACAGAAGGAUAGGCUGUCAGAUAUUGCUUCCGGAGAAGCUCCUGAGGAACUGUCAAAGAAGCACAGGCUUCGAAUGUCGGAAAAUCCACAGAAGGAUAGUCUCUCAGAUAUUGCUUCCGGAGAAGCUCCUGAGGAACUGUCAAAGAAGCACAGGCUUCGAAUGUCGGAAAAUCCACAGAAGGAUAGUCUCUCAGAUAUUGCUUCCGGAGAAGCUCCUGAGGAACUGUCAAAGAAGCACAGGCUUCGAAUGUCGGAAAAUCCACAGAAGGAUAGUCUCUCAGAUAUUGCUUCCGGAGAAGCUCCCGAGGAACUGUCAAAGAAGCACAGGCUUCGAAUGUCGGAAAAACCACAGAAGGAUAGUCUAUCAGAUAUUGUUUCCGGAAAUGCUUCUGAAAAGGCUCAGAGAUUGUCAAAGAGAGAAAGAGUGAUACUAUCUUGGCUCAGAGGGUAGUGUCAUAUACAUGUCUUGCGGAAGUGCUCCACAGGAACUGUCAAAAGGAACAAAGCUUGCGAAUAUUUUGAAAUCCACCGAAAAAUAAUCUCAGAGACAUUUCUUAGGGACUUAAACCUCCUUACAAAACAUUUCUUGUCUCGCCAAUUUGUUACCUAUUUUUCUUUUUAAUUUUUCGAUACAAUAAUUAGUUGUUCUUAUUUAUUUAAUACUUCAUACUGUUUACUUAAAAAAUAGGAAGCAAAUCAAAUGUGCUGAUGAUGAAUUUCAUGAAUUUCGUGUUUUUUUUUCUUUCUUUCAUUUGUGUUUCAAAAAUAAAUAUG